CCCUCAAAAGUUCACCCCUAAUUUUAAGCUUCUUGCAUCACUAAUAUUGUGAAAUUCGGUUGCGGCAUAUCAAGUUAACGAUGCCAAAGGAAUCAUAUAAACAAAAAGUGAGAGAUGUCUGGCUGCAGAGCAGCGAAUUCAAGGAGUGGAUGAGGAAGGAUCCUACAGACCUCACGCGGGUGUUUUGCAGCUAUUGCAAGUGCAGCAUAACUGCAAAAUUAAGCGACUUGCGUGCACAUGCUGCAACAAGAAAACACACCAGUGCUAUGGAGGGCUUUGUGCAAAAAAAUAAAAUAAAUUUUGCAAAAACGCCUUCAAAAACAAUUGAGCAGGAGGUUGCGCUGUGCCUAUUUGUUGCUCAGCAUAGCGCAAUAGCCCCUAUAAAUCAUUUAAGUGACCUUUGCCAAAAAAAGUUUGAUGACAGUAGCACCGCAACAAAAAUAAAGAUGCACCGCACAAAAUGCACAUACAUAAUUAAAAAUGCAUUGGCUCCCCACUUCAAUGAAGAGCUUCGCAAGGACAUUGGUGGCUCCAAGUUUAGUUUACUUUUGGACGAAUCCACAGACAUUAGUGUCACAAAGUUACUUGGUGAGUUAAUAAUAUUCAAAUAUAAAGUUAUGUGUAUAUAUGUAUAUUAUUUAUAAUCGUUUUUAUUUGGUUUGUGUUAAUACAUGUUAAUAUUAUUAAAAUUUAAUGUUUAGGUGUGGUCAUUAAGUACUUUUCUGUAGAAAAAGCAACAGUAGAGUCAACAUUUUUAAGCUUAGUAAAGCUAGAAGCUGGGGACGCAUUGUCCAUCGCAAACGGUCUCAAACAGGAGUUAAAGCGUUUAAGUCUUGAUAUAAAGAAUUUAAUUGGCAUUGGAACAGAUAACGCAAGUGUGAUGAUUGGAAGCAAGAAUAGCGUUUACACAGAACUAAAGAAGGAGGCCCCAUCUCUUAUCUUAAUCAAAUGUGUUUGUCAUUCGGUGCAACUGGCAGUAAACUACGCCUGUAAGCACUUUUUUCCGGAUGAUUUGGAAUUUUUGAUUUAUGAAACUCAUAAUUGGUUUUCAAAAAGUUCAAUUCGCCAGUCGCUAUACAAAAAAAUAUAUGAGUCUAUCAAUAACGAAAAGGCCCCCCUUAAAAUUCCAAGGGUUUGUGAUACUAGAUGGUUAUCCAUUGAAAUGGCAGUAACUCGAAUUUUAGACCAAUGGCAUGAACUGAAAACUCACUUUGGAAUUGCUGCUAUGAGUGAAAAAUGCAAAACCGCAAAAAUCCUGUACGAAUCUUUCUGCGACAAAAAAAACUAUUUGUACUUGGUAUUUUUAAAGCCUAUAUUGCAGGACAUGCAAAAAAUUAACUUGUGCUUCCAAAGUAAUUCGGCUAAUGCGACGAUGCUUUUAAGUGAUCUUAUACUCGCUAUCAGAUCAUUGCGACAGAAAAUAAUUCCUCCUGAUAUUGAUGUUGACAUUAUUAACGACGAUGACUUCGAAAAGCACGUCAAAAGCGAUUUAGGCCUCGGCUACGAUUUUGAAAAAGAAGUCAAAUCAAUGAAUAUAGAAUCCGUCGAAGAAAUGGAAAUAAGAGAGUGCUGUUCCGGUUUUGUAGUAGAGCUAGCCAAACAGUUGAAGCAAAGACUUCCGGACAAUUUUAACAUAUUAAAACAGAUUGAUGCAUUCUCUGUUGAAAAUAUUUUAAAAAUCAAAAAGAAACAAAUCUCUCCAAUCCUUGAGUAUUUUCGUACUCCUAAUAUAGAUAAAAUUGAACGACUGUACAACGACAUAACCCUGGUAGAGUGGGAAAAUGUCGAUGAUACUGUUAAGUUCUGGGCUGAAGUUCUUAAAUAUCGGGAUUCUGGCGGAAACUGCCGUUUUCAGGAAUUGGCUUCAGUUGCUCUGCAAAUGCAGUCCCUGCCUUGGUCGAAUGCCGACGUCGAGCGGGUGUUCAGCCAAGUCAAUUUAAUAAAAACGAAAAUUCGAAAUAGCAUGAGCGUUGAAACGUUAAACGCUAUACUGAGUAUAAGGUACGGGCUGCGUCGACACAAUAUGUGCUGUUUUAACUAUAAUGUACCACCCAGCUGCCUAUCUACAAUUGAAGACAAGAAAUUUUAUCCAAUUGAUGAUGAUGAUAAUAUUGACGACAUCUUAAAUAUAAUAUAGAUCUUAA